AUGCUUUAUAAAAAAGAAUUAUUGGAUUUAUCAGCGAAUCAACUCAUCAGACUAGAGCCAUUGUCAUUUUCUGGUCUAAACAGCCUUCAACAAUUAGUGCUAUCUAAAAAUUUGCUCAAAAGAUUACUACCGGAUACUUUUGCUGGUUUAAAUCAAUUAAAAUGGUUAGAUUUAUCCAAUAAUCGGUUAUUUGCUAUGGCAGAACAUGUUUUCGACGAUGUGCCAGCUUUACAGUCUCUUGAUCUCAGUAAGAAUAACUUUACUACUUUCUCACCUGACACGUUUGUUAGCAUGACUGCUCUAACUCACCUUGACCUCAGUUCAAAUUCAUUAGUAAGCCCUUCGUUCACUGGCCUCAGCAACUUACAAUAUCUUAAUAUAAGCAAUAAUUUGUUGCAUCAAGUCAUACCAACAAAUUAUCGUACUUUAAAUUCACUGAUAGAAUUAGAUUUGUCUUAUAAUCGAAUGAUGGAGCUGUCAACAUCAUCAUUUGAUGGCUUAUAUUCGUUGCAAAUACUUCAGAUAACUCACCAACCUUACUUACAUUCCAUCAAACUUAAUGCUUUCUCUGGAUUAGCAAAUUUACGCAUACUUAACUUAUCGUCUUGUGAUGUUCUCGAAAAAAUUGACGAGAAUGCAUUUGAAUAUGAUGAUAAGAUAGAAGUGCUGGACAUGAGUAACUGUCGAUUGAAACGAAUACCUUCAAAGCUAGUACAGUGGACAAGGCUAAAAUCAUUGAAUCUGUCCGGUAACCCAUUGCAUUGUGACUGUGAAAUGUUGUCAUUUCUGCCCAAAUUGCUUGAAAAACUUUCAAUUAAUGCAACCUGUUAUACACCUCCAUGGCUUUUUAACAAAAAUAUCAUACAGCUAUCACAAACUUGCGCAUCAAUGAACGAAUCACAGCUAAGUAUAGCAAUUGUUGGCGCAUCUUUGCUUGCAUUAACUAUUUUACUUCUCAUUGGUAUUUGCAUAUAUCAGCAUUUCCGUCCAUGCAACAGAUUUUCGGCUGCUAAAUAUCGUAACCAACAAAGGUAUCGUGCACACCUCUACAGUAAACCUUUCCUGAUUGCUUCACCAAUCAAUGACAAAUCUGAUCUUUUAUCGGAACAAACUUGUUACACAACCACCAAUCAUAGUUCUUUAAAUGGUGUUUCACGUUCUGUUGGUGCUUAUGAUGAAGAAGGAUAUUAUAGCAGUGUCACUCUUCCCGCCGAAUCUAAAACUUAUGAACGUACUCGUAUGCUUUAUCCUAUGCCUCCGCCUGCUACAACAAUUCCUCAGACAUUACCGAAACACUGUGUAGAUGAUAAUUUUAGGAUUAUUUCAGAAUAUCCUGUUCCUAUUACAGAAUUAUGA